AUGUUUUUCGUGUCGAGAAUCACAAAGAAGUACGAUGACGAAACGGGGAAGCUGACGAGAGAGUUAUUAAAGACCGCUGUCAAGAUGGCGAGGAUGAAAAACAGACUAAAAUUCUUACUGAACUGUCGGAAGUGCAAGCUUGUGCCAAAGUGUCUAUGUUACAAAGUUGGCGUUUCCCUACACAGCAGCAUAUCCCGGCAGGAAAUGAAGAUUCUGGAACACCGGCAGAAAAUCAGAAUCAUCAGCCUAGUUGUUCGGGACACCAAAAGGUUACUAGAGCAACUGAAGAAUAGAAAGCGGCAUCUAUAUGAAAAGGUCCAAUGGACGCUAGAAGAAAGUGACUGGAGAGCAGUGCGCGCGAUGGUGGAGAAGAAAGCAGCAAAUGUAUAUAAUAGUACGAAACGAACCGAAAUAAAUAAGCUGAGCAACCUGAAGAGGAAAAAGAUCGAAGAGACUUGUCAGCAACCGGAGUGGAUAGAGAAUAAGACAAACCAUGAAAUCCCCGACUAUUUGGAACGAACGCUUCUUCUUGGACCGAACUUCAACAUACAAAGCAAGAGUUCUAUCCCAUACGUUCGACUCGUUGCCGAUGUAGAAACUGCUAUAAAGAGCAAACCACAAGCCGACGACAUCAGAGCAGAAGUAUCUACGAUCAUAUCCAACUAUGUCAACUACCAAAACCAACCACGGACGAAGGAGAAUGACUGGAUACACAAAGACAUUGUACGAAGUAGAAAGUUUUUGCGAGAGAACCCAGACAUCUAUGUUAUAAAAGCCGAUAAAGGGAACAAGACAGUUCUAAUGUCCGGCACCGAAUACCACGAAAAAAUGACCACAAUGGUAAAUGAUGCGUCCACGUACAAGCAACGGAAAGACAAUCCAUCGAACCGAGUGCUAAAAAUGUUAAACAGCAUAAUAGAACAGUGGUGGUUAGACCAGCACAUCGACAGAGCGACGAAACACAAGCUUAAGAUGUACAACUGCACCCCACCGCGAAUCUAUGGACUCCCCAAAAUUCACAAAGAAAACUGCCCCCUCCGUCCUGUGAUAUCCACCAUCGGUUCAGCAACCUACCACAUGGCUCAGUAUCUAUCGGGAAUUUUAAACAAUUUAGUGGGAAAAACGGAGUACCACGUUCGCAACAGCUUCGAAUUCGCUAAGGAGAUAUCCAAGAUACGGGUACCGGAAGGAUGUGUAAUGUAUUCAUUAGAUGUGGUAUCCCUAUACACUAAUAUACCUGUCAAUAAAGUGUACGAGUACGUCGAAGAAAGAUGGAAUGAAGUAGCACAAACAACCACUAUUCCUUGGGACAGUUUUAAACAAGCAAUGAAAACUGUACUAGAAGCUUCCUUUUUUCAGUAUGACGGAAAGUUCUACGACCAAAUAUUUGGAGUGCCCAUGGGAUCCCCCCUCUCUCCCGUCGUUGCUAACAUUGUUAUGGAAAAAUAA